CUGAGGCUGCUCCGUGGCAGCAAAUCGGGAGGAGAGAAGCUGUUUUCUCCACAGUCACCGCCCCUGCGAGUCGCCAGCGCAGCCCGGCCCGACCGCACCCGGCUGGGAGGGAACCCCACUGCACCCCCCGGGCCUUGGGGGGACCCCAGGAGCUGCCGGAGGAGCACAGGUCUGAGAAGGGGAAGUUCCAGCAGCCAGUGGAGAUUUCUCCAGAACUGGAAGUGAGACUCAGUGAUUUCUCCCAGAAAACUGAUACCCUCAUGGAGACGCUGAGGGAAUUCAAAGCCACUCUGCCGCCUAAACUGGAGACAAGAGGGGACCCCCUAGGAGCACACAGACAGGUGCACGUGACCCUGGAUCCAGAGACGGCGCAUCCCGAACUCGUCCUCUCUCCAGACAGGAAAAGCGUGAGAUGGGAACACACGCGGCAGGCUCUGCCCGAUAACCCGGAGAGAUUUGACCCUGAGCGCUGCGUGCUGGGCUGCCAGGGCUUCACCUCGGGGCGACAUUGCUGGGAGGUGGAAGUGAGGGUGCAGGAGGGGGGACACUGGGCGGUGGGGGUGGCCAGGGAGUCCGUGAGGAGGAAGGGCUGGAUCAACCUUAACCCCGAGGAGGGGAUCUGGGCGGUGGAGCGGGGCUGGUGGGGUCAGUUCCGGGCUCUCACCUCCCCGGCCACCCGCCUGCCCCUGUGCUGCAUCCCCAGCAGGAUCCGGGUUUGUCUGGACUGUGAACGGGGGCAGGUGGCAUUUUUUGACGCUGUUAGCGAGGCCCCGAUCUUCAUUUUCCCGCCGGGUUCCAUCUCUGGGGAGCGAAUCCGCCCCUGGUUCUGGGUGUGGAGAUCCUGGCUCAGGAUGUGUCCCCCAGGGGACCCCAAAACCGACCUGCCUAGCCUCCGGUGCCCUAGUCUCUAUGACUGUGGAGGACUGCUGUCUUCCUACCGACUGUCUCCCUGCGGUCUCUGCGACCCCGCCGGCUCCCUGGAGUCGGUGGACUUUGAAACCACAGAGAGCAGGGAGUGAUGGAGGGACAGCAGCCAGUCGCGUCGCCCCCAGGAUUUCUGUAGCCUCUUUGUCACUGUUCUCUGUGGUCCAGGAUGACUGGCCAUGGGCGUCUCUAGCUAGCUAUCAUCCCAGUCUUUGUGACCCUGGCGGACUCCCAGCCCCCUGGCACUUUACCUUUGGCCCCUGAAACCUCUUCCUCCAUCCCUCCCUGCAGCACCAGGGAUGGGGGGAGGACCCCGGGAGCAGCCCGAGAGGGAUCAGCCCAGGUGCUGGAACUUGGGGGGCUGGGGGUGCGGUAGCACCCCCUGGCUUGCAAUGGUUUCCAUCAGAUACAGGGCUGACUGUUUUGUUCAAUGGCUUUCUGCACCUCCCUCACCUCCCAUACAAAUUGUUCCUGCGCCCCUGAGCAGAUGUGGGGGCUGGGCAGGGGCACAGGAUUAAUUAAUUAGUAUUUGGGGGGGUUGGGGGGAGCUGGAAACGCCGCAGCAGCAGGGAGUGUUUUGUAGAAAUCUGUGUCAUUAGAUCUCCCAGCCAGCACCUCUCCCCUAAGGCACAAAGUCACCUUCCCCUGUAACUCCCGGACAGCUGCUCACAUUGCGAAAUUGUCACAUAUACCCGGGGGCUGGGCACGGGUGCAGAGAGACCAAAGCCCAUUAUAUAAUCGUUUUUAAAAAUCCUCAUUUGGGGUCAGUCUCAUGAUUUGUAUUUAUUCUUUUCAACUCCUGAGGUGGGCAGGGGCAGGGGCAGGGGCAGGGUGGGUUGAACCAGAGGGAACAGGAGAAGCAAGAGGAAAUUGUGAAUUAAAAUAAAACGAGACUGAACGGAGCGUCUGGGAGAAACGGUGACAAACAGAACUGAAAAGUGUGAAAGAAAAAUCUGCCUGGCAGGGGAACCAGCCAGGGAGCAGGAAGAGGGGAAGGGAUUGAACCAGGGGAAAGAACGGAGAAGCCAAUGAUCUGUGGCAGGGAGGGGAGGACAGUGGGAGAGACCCAGGGAAAUAAGCAGGGAUGGGAAGUGAGGGUUAGAAAAAUGCCGAGAAGAAAAGGGAACAGGAGUGGUGCAGAGAUUGAUGACGUUACUGAAAGUGAGCCUGUCCCAUCGUAAUUCCCUCUGUUAGUUCCUGCAUGUUUGUGCUACUGUCGUGCCAUGAAGAAACCUGUUCUCAGUAGUGGGGAUCUCCUUUCCCAUCCGCCUUUUACUCUCCAGCUUCCCAGUUACUUACUGUCAAUAAAACAUUACAAACAAUUUU